AUGCGCCGUCCGAGCCGAUGGGAGAAGGCGGACGACGCGAGCGAUCCGGACGUUAGCGACGCGGAAGGAAGCGGCGAAGGAGCCGCAGCGGAGAGACGACGGUGGCGGAAAAGCGACGAUGGGAAGCAACAGCACGAGGAGGGGAAGCAAUCGCACGGUCGUAGCAGGCAAGGCCACACGGAUUCGCAUCAUACAUCCCGUCACCGUCACCACCACCACCACCACCAUCGCCAUAAGGACCGAUCCAGGCACACGCGUCGCCGGCACAACGAAUCGGACGACUAUGAAUCGCCGGGAUCCGCGUCAGAUUACGAAGCUUCUCGCGACAAUGACGUGGCGGAAGGUCCUCCAACCGUCCCUUCUACAGCCGCUACAGCUGCUACAGCUACUUUCGCGACGCCAAUAGGCGGCAGCGGGGCUGCCUCCUUUCCUUACCGAAAGGACCGACAUUCCGAAAAUAGGUCUUCCGGAUCCGCGAAACGCGCGCAUAGCAGGGAGGAGGAGGAGAAUGGCGAGGGGCUGGAUCGUCAGCGGCAGAUCGAAGGAGAGAGGAGCCGCGACCGGGACGACGAUAGGGAGUCUAAACGCCGGAGAAGGCACCGAUUGGAGAAGGGGGAUAGGGGAACCGGUAGUCCGGAUAAGAGCCAUGAUGUCGGUGAUAGAAAUGAUUUUCCGGAUCGCAGUCGGCGAAAGAGUCCGGAGAGAGGUUUUGCGCGGUUGAAAGGGAAGGGAGGCGGUGACGGUCGGCGUGAGCUGUCGUUUCAGGCGGAUCCCGCAGCAAAGGCGUCGCAGAAGGCGUCGCAGAAGACGUCGCAGGCGGCGGCUGUCGCACGGCCUGUCGCAGGGCAGGUGGGCGACGCGGGCGACGAUGGCGACGACGAUGCGCACUGGAACGCGCGGUUCGUGGACAUCGAUGCGAUCGAGGUCGCCUUCGAGGCGCCACGGAGCCCGCUGUUCGAGGAUCUCGAGGCGCCUGAAGACCUAGAGCGGUUCGGGGAAGGUGGGGUAUUAACCACGGAGGCUUUAAUAGGGACGUAUGAGGACAAACAGGAGAAGCCGGGGGUUUCGCGGCGGGAGGAGCGGAGGGAGAAGGGGAGCAGAAAGGCGGCGGAAACGAGGAGUGAGGAGGAGGAGAAAGAAGGGAGGGAGAGAAGGGAUGAUCAGGAGGAAGUGGGACAGAGGGGGGGUGGUGGAGGGAACGAUGUUGUUGUGAGUGUUAAAGAGAGGAGGCAUGGAGUGGAAAGGAGUGGCCGGGUCGGAAGAGCAAGGCAGGGAGGCAAGGGGGCGGAUGACGCCGGUGACGAGGAGUUGAAUCCGGUGAGGAGAAGGGAGGAAACGGUGGAAGGGAGGGAAGGGAAGGGAGGAGAUGAGGAGGAGGACGAGGAGGAGGAAGAUGAGGAGGAAGUUGAGGGUGGGUCAGCAUUGCAUGAGCACGAGCAGCGGGACGUGGGGAAGGAGAGAGGCAAGGGGCAGAAGGGGCGUCAGCAGCGGCACAAGGAGGAAGACGAGGGUAGUCCUGUGUCAGGUCCCAGGAGCAGUGGAAAGGGUGUCAAGGCGGGCGGACGGGAAGGCAGCAAGCGGGGGCAGGGUGGGGAGGGCGAGGGGAAGGUUGAGGCUCCCGUUGCUCGCGAGGCAAGGCAGGGACGCACGUUUGAGGCGCCUGCAAGAGAGAGCGAGGGGCGGGCACAGGCGGAGGCAGCGGGGAGGGAGGGGGCGACGGGAGGCGAAAGGGAUGAGGCGAAAGAGGGGCUGAAACUAGUGGGGACAGGGAAGGGUGGUGCUGCUGCUGCUGCUUGUGCAGCUGCUGCCGCUGCUGCUGGUGCUGCUGGUGACGCUGGUUUUGUGGGUUCAAAGCUGCUUAUAAAGGGAAGGGAAAGGGCAGAGGUGGGUGAUGGAAGCGGAAAGAGGGGGACAGCGAGCGCGAAGGGAGGAAAGGGAGAAGAGGGCGAGAAGGGGGAGAAGGGGGAGAAGGGUGAGAAGGGGGAAAGGGAGGGGUCGAUUGGAGAAGGACGGCUUUGGCAGCAGCAGUUGAAGAAUGAGAAAGGAGGGGAGAGAGGGGCAAGAGGUCGUAGGAGAGAGAGAGAGGAGAGAGGGAGAAGAGAGGGAGGUGAAGGGCUGGAAGGGGAAGAGGGUGAGGAGGAGUGGGGAGCGGAUGGGCGGGAGGGUGGGGGGAAAUGGGACAAAGAGGCAGAGGAGGAUGAGGAGCAAUGGAAGAGGAAGCGGAGGAGGAGGAGGAGGAGAGAGGGUUUUGGGGAGGAUGAGGGAGAGAGGAGAACGAGGAAAGGAGUAGGUAUUGGGGAGGAGGAGGAUGAAGAGGAGAGGGGGGAAGAGGGGAGAGAAACGGAUGAAGAGGGGGGGGAAAGGGAGGGAGAAGGGGAGGACGAAGGGUAUGGGCGUGGGGGGAGGGGGCAUGGGGGGAGGGGGGGAAGGAGGGUUGAAAGGCAGGAGAGCGGUCGAACUUUUGGUGCUGGAAGAAAGGCGGAGAGAGGGGAAAGAGGGGAGAGGGGGGAGAGGGUGGAGAGGGGAGAGAGAGGGGAAAGGGUGGAAGGAGUGGAGAGGGGGGGAAGAGGGGAGAGGAUGGAAAGGGGGGGAAGAGGCGAGAGGGGCGAGAGGGGUGACAGAGGGGAGAGAGGGGAAAGGGAGGCCAGAUGGUGGUCGGGUCGGGAGGGACGAUUGCGAAGGGAUGGGGAGAGGGAGAGGGAGAGAGAGUGGGAGAGGGAUCGUGAUUGGGACCGGGAGCGAGAGUGGGAGAGGGAGAGGGAGGGUGAGUGGGGAAGGCGGGAGUGGGAGAGGAGGGAGAGGGAGAGAGGAGAGAGGGACAGGGAUAGGGAGAGGGAAAGAGAGUGGGAAGGGGGAAGGGAGAGAGAGAGAGGGGGGAUGUAUCAGGAUGAGUAUGGAGGGGAGAGAAUGGGGAGGGCGAAAAGAGAGGGGUCAGUCAUGGGUUCUAGUGUGGCAGGGGAGGGUGCAGUGGUAGACGAGGCUAGGAGGGGCAGGGAGCGAGAACGGGAGAGGGAGAGGGGGCGAGAUCGGGACAGGGAGAGUCAGAUGGAAGGGGAGAAAGGAGGCUUUGAUGGGGACAGGGGGAUGGGUGAGGGGCGGAGAGGAGUGGGAGCGGGAGGAGGGGGAGGAGCAGGGGGAGCAGGGGUGGCAGGGGGAGGGGAAGGAGGGGGGGGAGGAGGGGAAGGAGGAGGAGGGGGAGGGGAGUGGCAAGGGCGGUCUGAUAUGGCUCCUGGGCUAAGGAGAGGACGGGAAGGGGGAGGAGGAGGAGGAGGAGGAGGACGGGAAGGGGGAGGAGGAGGAGUGGGACGAGAAGGGGGAGGAGGAGGAGGGGGAGGCGGGGCUGACGCGUCCACCGACCCUUCCCUCCCCCCUCCCCCGCCCCUCCGCCCUGGUAUAGACGCACCCUCUGUUCUCCCUGCUCCGCCGAACCUACCCGCAGGUACGGAAUGCCUGCUUGCCCCUGGCAGGUCCGGGAAUGCCUUUUCCUGGGGGGCUGGGUUCAGGGGCGGGGGUUCCGCCCUUCCCUGGGGGCGGGGGGAUGAUGGGCGCGCCCUUCCCCCCGCACCUGGGGGCUGGGGGACCCAGGGGCGCGGGCGGAGGGGGGGGCGGGGGGAGGCGUGGGGGGAGGGGGGGGGGGGAGGCAUGGGGAAGGGGCCGGGGGAUGGAAUAGCAGCAGGUGGGGGGAAGGGGAGGGGAAGGGGAGGCGGAAGAUGGGGGGAUAUGGAGGGAGGGGGAGGAGAGGGGAUUAUCAGCUGGGAUGCAGGCUUGGGGGGGCAGGGGAGAGGGGGAGGGGGCAUGGGAGGCGCAGGGGGCGGGGGCCCUGGGGGAGGGGGGACUGGGGGAGGGGGAACUGGGGAGAGUGGCAGUGCCGGGGGGGGAGGAGCAGAGUCCGGAGGAGCAGGGAGCGGGGCUGGAGGUGGGGGAGGGAAAGAGGGAGAAGCAGGGAAGGGGGAAAGUGGGGCAGGAGGAGCAGGAGCAGGGGGGGCAGGGGGAGGAGAUGGGGGUAGCGCAGGGGGAGGGGGGGGGGCUGGAUCAGCUGGGGCAGGGCAAGGCGUGGCAGGGAGGGGAGGAGGGGGAAUUUCAGGGGGUAUUUCCCCUGGUGGAGGUGCUCCAGGUGUGCUGCCACACCACCACCCCAUGCCUGGGCCAGGCAUGGGCGGUAGGUUCGGCGCCCACCCGGGCAUGCCCGGACCUGGAGGUAGAGGUCCGGGAGGCGGCAUGGGAGGGCGGGGACCGAUCUUUCCUCCUGGGGGCAUGUGGGAUGGAAUGCCAGGUUCGGGAUCCCCGUUCCUGGGAGGUCCGGGAGGCUGGAUGGGAGGUCCGGGAGGCAUGGGAGGCCCAGGAGUAAGAGGCCCGGGCGGCCCUGGGUUUGGGCCGAACCUGAUGGGUCCGGGAGGAGGGGGAGGCAUGCCUGGGGGAGGAAGGGGCCUCAGAGAUAUGGGAGGGGUGGGGCAAUUUGGAGGGCCUAGGGAUAUUCAUAGAGUAGCUAAGUGUUUGCAUGCAGCGGCGAUGGGGAAGGGAGAAGAGGGGGAAGUGGUAACAGGUGCGGGAGGAGGAGCGGGAGCAGAAGGGGCAUGGGUAGCAGGGGGAGCAGGGGGGCCAGGGACAGCAAGGGGAGCAGGAGCAGCAGGGGCAGGGGCAAUGGGGGGUCCUGCAGGAACGGCACCUUUCCUGGUUUCGUCUGCUGCUGCUGGUGCUGCUGGUGCUGCUGGUGCUGCUGGUGCUGCUGGUUCUGCUGGUGCUGCUGGUGCUAUGGCUGGUGGCGUUGGUGUUGGUGCUGCUGGUGCAACUGGUGCUGGUGCAGUUGCGCGUUUGCUGCCCUCUGCUGCUGCCGUACCAUCCUCUGCUGCAGCAGCCGCUGCUGGGCUGUCUGGGCAUACUGUAGCAGCAGAGGCGGAUGGAGUGGCAGCAAGGCCAGGGGCAGAGGCCGCGAUGUCCCACCUGCCUGCUGUUGAUGCAAAUGCUGCCAGAGCGGUUCAGACUCCCUCCUGCCACUCACCCUUCCCCUCCACAUCCAUGCUAACCUCUCAAUCGACUCAACCAUCAUCCCCUCCCCUUCCUGUCCCCUUCCCCGUCCCAACCCUGUCCCGUUCCCCUUCUCAACGCCUGCAGGCAUGUCUGUCUCGUAUUGGGCUCGCACCAGCCACUCACCCAUCCCCUCCACAUUCGUCCAACAUCGCAGCUUCCUCCUCCUCACUCUUUUUCUCCCUCCCCCCUUCCCUACUCUUCUCAUCUCUACCCCCUUCGAACAAGCCACCAUCCAUCCCCCAUACAAGCUACUCCGUCACUGCCAAAUUCCUUCACGUUAGUGAAGUUUUGGCGGCAUCAAACAUGUCACUUCCUGCUUAUCUCGCUUCGCCACCAGUUGUGGAGUUUAACAAAGCGUCUGCCGGUGCACUUAGCAAAGUGCCAGCCUGGCAGCCCCACACCGUACCACCGUCGCAGCAGGUUCGGAAGGCGUCCAAGCCUAAGCAGCAGGCUCAAGGCCGCCGUGCAAAGCCGAGGAAAGGGAAGAGAGGAGGGGGGGAAGGAGGAGCGGAAGGGGGAGGAGAGGUUGGGAAGGUUCUCGAGUCGACUCGAAAAGAGGUGGGAAAGGUGAAGAGACAAAGGGUGGGGUCUGAGGGGGAGAAGUUGGAUGAGAAGGGCACAAUGAAGCUGCAAGAUAGGAUGAUGAAGCAAGGGGAGGGGGGAGAUUUGAAUGCUCUGCAGCAAGGCGAUAGUGGUGGCGGUGGUGCUGUUGCUGCUGGUAGUGCUCCUGUUUCUGGUGCUAGAACUAGGACUAGAGGCAGAAAGCAGCAGCAGCAGCAGCAGCAACGGAGUGUUGAGGCUCCUAAGCAGGCAAGAGGCAGGGGUGCUGCAAGCACAAAGCAGCAACAUCGGGGUCGACAGCAGCAGCACAAGGAAGAGCGAGCAGAGGAAGAGCAGGCGCAGCAGCAGGAGCAGGAGGCGAAUGCGGAGGAACAGGAGCAGCAGGAGCAAGAGCAGCAGAAAGAGGAGGAGGAGGUGCAGGAGGUAAAGACGGAAGUGCUACAGACGGACGAUGGUGAGGAGACAGGUGACGAUGGUAAGGUGACGGGUGGCGAUGCAAAGAAGGCAGAUGGUGAUGCUAAAACGACCGGAGGAGGUGGGAGGCAGGCAGGUGAGGGGGACGGGGAGGAGGUCGGGAAGGGGGCUGACCAUGCUGUAGCGGUGGGCGGUGAGGGAGCAGUAGGUGAGGGAACAAUGGGUGAGGGAGCAAUGGGUAAGACAGGAGGAGGCAAGGGGGAGGGGAUGGAUGCGGUUGUUGAAGUGACUGAGGGGGGUGAAGAGGUGGGGAGAGUGGGAGGUGGUGAGAGAGGAACCAAUGAGGAGCAGAUUGGUGCAGCUGAAGUGACUGCUUCUGAAAUGGAUGUGACUGAAAGGGGUGUGAUCAUGGCGAGUGUAACUCAGGGCAAUGGGACGUCUCAGGAAGUUUCCCAGGAACCUGCAGAAGGGCCCUCGCAGGAGGUUUCAGAGGCGGGCGAAGGGGCAGGUGAAGGGGCAGAAGCACGGGCAGGCGAAGGGACAGGUGAAGGAACAGCGGACGAAUCAGAACUGUCGCAGGCGUCCGCAGGCGCAAGGGGGGCAGGUAAAGCACGUAGCAGGGCGAGGGCACCCAGAGGCAAGGGCACAGGUGGGAAGAAAGGGAGGAAAGGUGCUACUGGGGGAGGUAGAACUGCCCGGACAAGUGGGGGGGCUGCUGCUGUCACCUCAGCCGCACCUGAAGGGAUGUUGGGGGAAGGAGGAGAAGGAGAUGGGGGAGGGGGAGGAGGAGGAGUGGCGGAGAAUGGGAGUGUGGAAGGUGAGGAGGGGAAGGAGGAUGAGGAAGUGAGGAGGGAGCGGGAGGAGAGGGAGAGGAGGGAGAAGGAGGCGGAGAGAGAGAGGAUGAAGGCACUGAAAGAGCAGGAGGCGAGGGACAGGGAGGAGGCGAUUAGGUUGGCAACGGUGCGGCAGAGCAGCAGAAUCAGGUCGAGGCAGACGGGGGCGAGCAAGUAG